AUGGGAUCCUCUGCGAUGCCUGCGUUUGCCGACGUUCUCUCUAUGGUCGCCUCGAUUCCUGAUGAAUGUCAUCAGAGACGUGUGACCCAUUGGGCCAAGGAGAAAUAUAAGGUUGAGGGAGAGUUGGAGGAGAAGGUGGAGAGAUUGGAGAAGACGUUGGCGAAUCGCGACUUUAAAGUGAAGAAUUUGGAGCAGGAUAUUCAUAAUCCGGGGAAGACUAGAAAUCGAGUUAGACUAGAAAUCGAGUUAGACUCAGGCAAUUUUGAUAUGAACGCCAAGUUGCUCCAGAACGUCCAAGUGGCCUACAACACCAUCAAGAAGGAUUUCUCGACAUCCGAGAAGAAAGUCCGUAUUCUCGAGGGCCAAAUCGAAGCGAUGGAGAAAGAUAUUCUCGAGAAGAACCAGGCGAUCAAGGCGAUUCUCAGUGAGUCGGAUGAUCUCCAGAAGCAAUUGGAGGAUUCUGAGAAGAAGAACGUCUUCUAUGAGAAGGAGAUCACCAAGUUGUUAGAUGAGAAGGAGCAGUUGUUGGAGGCUGCCAAGAAGGAAGAAGAGUCUUCAGAUGAGUCUUCAGACGAUUCUGAUGACGAUUCUUCUGAAGAUUCUGACGAUGAUUCCGAGAGUUCCGAUGAGUCGGAAGAUUCCGACGACGACGACGAUGACCAGACUCGAUUCGUCGCCGCUGCCACGUUGCUCCGCCGAAUGGAGUCGACAAUCGAGAAACUUGAGGCUUCGGAGGAAAAAGUCAAGAAAUUGACAGAAGAGUUGGAAUCUGUUAAAAAAGAGCAACAAGAAAUGGAGACAGCAUUCACUGACCGUCACACUAAAUUAGCGGAGCUCGCCACUGAUUCACAGGCAAAAUACGAGAAAUGCGAGCAGAGCAAGAAGGAAAUGCAUCUUCAAUGGUCUAAAAAAUUGGAUGCCGAGAGACUUUUGAAGGAGAAAGCUCUGAAAGAUGUUUCUUCGGCAACUCGAACAAUUGACUACAUGAAAAAGAUCAUGCACGCGGAGAACACCAAAUUCCAAUCGAUGAUCGAUGAAGCUGAGAAGAAACAGCUCUCGAUUACUGAGGAGUUGAAGGUUACUAGAGAUCAGAAACUCGCAUUGGAAAGAAAAUUUAAGAAACUCGACGAUGAUUACAAAGCGAAGAGAGCUACCAUUGCUGAGAAAGAUCUACUGCUUUUUAUCCAAAGGAACACCCUAAAGGAGCUCCGGGAGUCGGAGAGAAACCAAUGCGAUCAACGAUUGGCUUCUCAAGACAAAUUGGUGGCUCAAAUGGAGAAGACGUUCGAACUUCAAGAGGAAAUCAAGAAGUUGAAUGAUAAGAUUGAGAAUCUGGGGGUGGAGAAUAUUGAGUCUGAAGAUGAAGAGGAAGAAGAAGUUAAAGAAGAAGUUAAAGAAGAGAAGGAGCAAAAAGAAGAAGACAAGGAACAAGAAGUUGAAGAGAAGAAGGUGGUUGAUGAGGAAGAGUACAACUCGGACAGCUCAUUCGAGCCAAUCGACGAAGCCGAUCUCUACGAUUAA